CCGUAUUGGCGCGGUGCAUUGUGGGUGUGCGUGGAGAAGUAAAAUGGCGGACUUGGCAAACGAAGGAGAGAAGCCUGCCAUAGCUCCUCCGGUGUUCGUGUUUCAAAAGGACAAGGCACAGAAGCGAUCUGCUGAUGGGUCCAGUGCAGAGGACGGGGAAGAUUCAGACAGGGAGGAGGGAGAAUACUGUCCUCCAGUGAAGAGAGAGAGAACCUCAUCCUUAACACAGUUCCCACCUGCACAUUCAGUUUCCAAGAAUAAUGUGUUUAUGCCGUCAAGUUUCUGUCAGUCUCCAACAGGCAACUCGGACUCUGAGCCAGAGGAAAAGCCAGUUGGAUUUCGCUUGAAACCCCCAACUCUGAUUCACGGACAGGCACCGAGUGCAGGCUGUUUUUCAGGUGUACCUAGUCAGAAACCUAAGGAGCAGCAGCGCAGCGUCCUCAGACCUGCGGUUUUACAGGCUCCGCCCACCAAGACCCUCUCAGAGCCCAGCAAGAGCAACUCGAGCUGUGGAACAAAUGGAGUGGGCAAGUUUUCAGAGGCAGCUACAGAAGGCCGGUCGAUUUUCCUGAACAAUACAGAGAGCUCAGACAAAUCACCGAAUAAAAAAGACCAGGAAGGAGGAGAGGAAUACUUAGGAAAGACAGAGGAGAGCACACAAAAGAAGGAUGUUGUGGUUGACCCAGGUUUCGUGUUUGGUCAGAAUAUCAAAGAUAGGGCAAAGGUGGAUGAGAACAGCACAGUGGAAUCUAAAGACGGCACACAGGACUCUGAGUCUGCGAGUACUAAUUACUUCCUGCAGUACAUGGGCACUUCAAGCUCUCUGAAUGCCACGAACAACACAGACAAAGGAGCCAAGUUUGUGUUUGGCCAGAAUAUGUCCGAGAGAGUGCUGAGUCCUCCAAAAGGCGGUGAAUCAACAGCAGAGGGCUGCAAAGAAACAGCGUCAGCAUCAGAACCCUCAUCACAGGAGGCCACCCCAGAAAAGAGUGCAUCUGAAUACUGUGUGUAUCCAGAUCACAGUGUGACAGAAUCUCUAGAGGAAUCGGCAGCAGCGUACACCAAAGCCACGGCCAAGAAGUGCAUUUUGGAGAAAGUGGAGGUCCGCACCGGGGAGGAAGCCGAGAGCAAUGUGCUGCAGAUGCAGUGCAAGCUGUUUGUGUUUGAUAAACCAGCUCAGUCAUGGAUUGAGCGAGGUCGAGGGCUGCUGAGACUCAAUGACAUGGCAUCUACUGACGAUGGCACACUACAAUCCAGGCUAGUGAUGCGCACCCAGGGAAGUCUGCGGCUGAUUCUGAACACUAAGCUGUGGGCUCAGAUGCAGGUGGACAAGGCCAGUGAGAAGAGCGUGCGCAUUACUGCCAUGGACACAGAGGACCAGGGAGUGAAGGUCUUCCUCAUAUCGGCCAGCUCGAAGGAUGCAGGGCAGUUGGCAGCAGCGCUCCACCACCGCAUCUUGGCCCUGCGGAGCCGAGCUGAGCAAGAGACAGAGAGCACACCCGAGCCGCCCCACACUGAGAUUACGCAGUCCAACGAAGAUGACAGCGACGAUGACGUCGAGCCUGCUAAAAACAACAGCGGCAGCAACAUCGCCCCUACAGGAAAUACCACCGCCAGCGGCACUUCUGAAACCUCCGCGGAGGCACCGGCAGCUGAAGGCACAUAACACCCUGGCCAGCUGCCUGACUUAAAAACUGCUAAACAGGGUUUUUUUUGUGCAGGCAUCUGGGUGGACAGCCUUAACCACCGCAACUCUUUCAGCCCAGCGCUGUGGGUCCUUCAGCUCCAGCCCUGUAGCAGAGCUCCAGCGUCUCUCACUUAAAACUCGUAGUUCAUUUUUUUUCCCCCUUCCUACAUUUAUUGUGAAUCUGGAAUUCAGUUCUUUUUGUUUUUAUCACUUUGUUUGCUUUUUUUGGUUUUGUUUUAGUUUUCCAGGACUGCAAACAAACUAAAAAAAAAAAAAGGGGAAAAAAAAGAGAAACAGACUUUUCCAUUUAAGGGUUUGGGACUUGGCUGCUCAUCAUAUUGAUGAGCGUGAGGGUAUUCCUCUCUCCGUGUUAAGAUACGGCACAUGUCACAGCUGCAAUUUCUACCACAGGAUUGGUCUUUUACUUUCUUGCUUUCCCCACAACCCACUUUUAUUUUCUCCUAAUCUCUCAUGCUCCGCUUCAGACCACCACUGUAUGACAUUGUUCAAAAUUAUCCAACAUCCGUUCAGUAACUUUAUGCCCUCAACCCAAAACCUUCCUGGACCUCAAUCAUUCUUUUUUUUUUUUUAUUAUAAGAGUCUAACUCAUUUCCAGUGGUUUCCCCUAAACCAGUACUCCUACUAGUCUGCUAUGAUGGUAGUUAGAUCUCUUAUUGAUAUAAUGAAUAAAGGACUAAACCAACACAUGGACUGUGCUAUUGUGGAUCUGUGCUUCUUCAGUGUUCCACUGAGAAGAUAAGAAAGGUUAAAGGGAAUUAACUUUGGUCCCCUCACCAUUACGGAUUCACCACAAUCUGCCCUUUAGCUUUGCUUUAUGGACAGAUGCAGUUAUUUGUUUUAAUUUGAACAAAAAUAUUGAAAUUUUAAAUAAACAUCUCUGCAGAUAUCCAUGUUUAUUUUCCAUAUUCUGAAUGUUUGUAAUAUGUUACUUUUUUAUUGUUUUAUUAACUCUUUUUUUUUUUAAUCCAUUUCCAUGCCAUUGGAGACAGUACAAUGGAGAUGACGUUUUUGUUUUUUUGUGUGAAAAACUGAGUGCAUUUAGAAACGUGAAUACAGACCUUCUCAUGUAAAUUUCUAUGAAUAUAUUAUCAUUUACUAGAACAUGUCUCCAAUCUCCUUUACAAAACAAAUAGAGAAAAAAAAAUCAAAGUUAAAAAAAGAAAAGCUUUGAAAUAAAUUUUUUGUGUAAUGUCAAA